CGUGGAUUGUAAUGGUUAGCAGACAUUUUGUUUUACGAAGGCAAACGCAACGUGACGCAAGCAAAUAUUUAUUAUAGACAGUGCAAAAAAUGCCAUUAAAUGCAAUUGGAUGGACAUCCGAAGAAAAUAUUGCUCUCAUUGAAUUGGUGAAGCCACAUACUUUUCUCUACAAUCUUCUUGACCCGUCACGUAAAAAUAUUUUGGCUCGAGUAUCCACUUGGCAAGAAAUAGCUCAAGCAUUAUUAAAACCAGUUGAAGAGUGCAAAAAGCGGUGGCGCGGUCUUCGAGAUAGCUAUAUGAGGUGUAAGCGUUUGGGUACAAUGCAUAAAACAAAAACAAAUAUAAAUGAAAAACUGCAAUUCCUUGAUUCAUUGCCAAUUGAUGGAACUGCUAGUGAUUCUGAGGGGAGAUUUGAGGAAGUGAACAUUGAUGACAUAAAUGAUGCAUCAGAAAUAUGCACGGAACAGCAAGUUAUUACCGACAAUCAAGAAUAUUAUGAGAUCACUCUUGUGGAUGGGCCAAAGCAAGAGGAUUCUAAAAAUUUAAUUAAAAUUCUUCCAAAAACUGAAAAGAAAUUUCAACAAAUAUUGAAUUCAGGGGAGCCUCCUCGAAAAAUAGGAAGAAAGAAUUCUGGUAGAAAAAAAUCUACGCCAAUGCCUAGAAAUUUAACACCAGUUAAAAUUUUACCAAAACCAAUAAUAACAAGCCAACCUAAAUUAGUAAGAUAUAUUGAAGAACCAAAAACACCAGAACAGAGAUCUCAAGUUAUAGAUAAGCUUAUAGAGAAAAUAUUAAAAGAAAAUACAAAUGAAAUUGAUGUAUUCUUUAAGAGUAUGGCAGCUAGUGUUAAAAAAUUACAACCAAAUUUAAUACCUAAGGUUAAAAUGGAAGUGUGCAAUGUGAUAGCUAAGUAUGAAAUGCAAAGUUUUGAAAAAAAUGUGCAGAACAAUUGACAAGAAUGUGUGUAUAAACAAAAAAAUGUUAAAACAGUGACUAUUUUAAUAUGUUUAUAAAAGUGACAUUUAGAAAUGAAGCUAGGAGUAUAAAACAGUUAUGACUGACUUAUUAUGGCAAAAAUGUAUUGAAUUCUGACAUAUAGUGCUCCCAUAUGUCAGAAUUCAAUACAUUUUUGCACUAACUCUCAUUUCUGAAUAUCACCUUUAUCUCUUGGGUGUUACAUCAAUAUUAAUUAGAGUAAUGCCAAACAUACACCAGAAACUAAACUAAUAUGGCCUUAUUAUGUAAUAUGAACUAAUAUAUUACUAUGCUAGUUGUCUUAUGGUUAUCUUAAUAUAUGUAUAUAAAUCUCCUGUCACAAUGUUUGUCAGCAAUGGACACCUAAACUACCAAACCAAUAUCAAUCAAAUUUGCACACCUGCAGCUGCACCUGCAUUUGUGCAGUUAGAUCUAACUUAAAAGAUAGGAUAGCUUACAUCUCAAUUUAUAUCAGCAAUAUUAUUUUAUUGCAAAUAUUUGUUUAUUUAUUGAUACAAUUCUAACAGAUGGCGCUGUGUUAAAAGUACCAACGUUUCACAUAAAUUCUAACGUUUUCCUUGUAUAGUAGUAUACUACUAUGUAAUAGAACAAAAACCUUAGCCACAACAACACUUGGCCAAGUCUGCUAGUUAUAUAUACAUUUGAUUUUGUUAUAUAUUUGUUUAUAUAAAUAUUCCUAAGUUUAACUUCAUUCUGUAGUAGAAAAGGGUAUAAGAAAAUACUAAAUGUUAGCAAGUUUCUUGUAUGACUGUGUCCAUAUGUAGAUUUGAUAUAUGGGUCAUACUUUGUACUAAGUCUCGACUCUGAAGCUUGUCCUAAUGGUUCCCUUUUGUAUCAUUACUAGAAAUGAAUUUAUAUAUAAGUUUGGAAGCUAGUAAGUAGUUGGUAGUUCAGCUAUACCUGCUUAACUAAAUAAGGUUAGUUGAGUUGGCAGUAGGUUUUCAGAUUCAGAGUUGGCUUUAAAAUAAAUACUGAUAAGAUGUUUGCGAAAGUCACUAGUUUUGAUAUAUAUUGUAUAUAAUAUAGUCAGUCCUUGAAGGUUACCUGUAAACUAAAUUGUUGAUUAAUUGAAGAUUAAUAAAUUUGCUUAGGUUAUUGUACAAAAGACAGGCCUUGAUUAUUUUGUAAAUAUUAAAAUGUUUAAUGUAUUAAUGUUAAUAGAGAUCCAUUUAUUGUUAAAAAUACAGUUGUAUCAUUCUGCAAUUGAGACUUAUGUAUGUUAGUAUAAUGGCUAGAAAAAUAAAGUUAUACUGAAUUUUUAUA